AUGGCCUCCAUUCCCAAGAUUGCCAUCAUUGGCGCCGGUCCCGCAGGACUUGCCCUCGCUCGAAUCCUAUCCCAACAUGCCAUACCAAGCGUCAUCUUCGAGAGCGACCCUUCACCAGACCAUCGCACACAAGGUGGCAGCUUGGACCUGCACCCCGAAACCGGCCAGGUAGCCCUCCGCACCGCCGGCUUAUACGAGCAAUUCGCGAAGUAUGCACGUGGAGUGGGCUCAGGCGAGGACCUCAUGACGAGCGACAAGGACUGCUCGCUCAAGAUGGACUACCGCGGAGUCGACACCGGCCGGCCUGAGAUCGACCGCACGAGGCUGAAGAAAAUCCUGCUGGACAGCGUUCCCCACGGCACCAUCCGAUGGGGAUGGAAGCUACGAGCGGCGACGAGGGACUCUCUGACGGGGGAGAUCGUCCUGGACUUUGGGUCGGUCCAGGAGAGCGGGUUCAACCUCGUGGUGGGCGCGGAUGGAGCAUGGUCGAAGAUCCGGCACCUGCUCACUCCCGUCCGUCCUUUCUAUUCGGGCGUCGGCGGGCUGGAGUUCACUCUGACAGACCCAGACGCGAAGCACCCGGAGAUUGCGAAAUGGGUCGGUAACGGCAGUCACGGGGCUUUCAACAACGAGGACGGCGGACAGGUUCUCCUUUGCCAGCGUCAGGAGAACGGCGAUAUUCGCGUCUAUACCUGGGGUGUUCGACUCGAGAGCUGGAUCGAAGACAACGACAUCAACUUGGAAAAAGCACCUCAAAAGGCGAAAGAAGUCGUCCUGAAGGACUACCAGGACUGGGCACCUCAGUUGAGAAAGGUCAUCGAAAGCUGUAGUGUGGAGACCAUGGCGGCGCGAAACUUGUACAUGCUCCCUGUCGGGUUGCGAUGGGCAGCUCGGAAAGACGUUACACUAGUUGGGGAUGCGGCGCACCUGAUGACCCCAUUUGCUGGCGAAGGCGUUAAUGCAGCUCUGACGGAUGCUAUGGAUUUUGCAUUGGCUAUCGUGGAGAAUCGCGAUGAUAUCGGAAAGGCUAUACAGGAGUACGAGUCGAAGAUGUUUCCGAGGGCAAGGACGAUUAUGCAGCAGACUUGGGACCUCAAACAGACAUGGUUUGAACCAGGCUGCGUCGAUGGAUUAGUGCAGGCAUUGUCUUCUGAGUUGAUGAAAAACAAGGUGUCUGACACAACGUAG